UCGGACGUAGAAGAGAACAACGCCCCCGAGGUGGCCGAGGAGGUCGAGGUUUCCGCCGAUGCUGGCUCCAAGGGCCAGAUGUCCGUUCUGGACGCCCUCAAGGGUGUUCUGAAGCUGGCCCUCAUGCACGACGGUCUUGCCCGCGGUCUCCGUGAGGCUUCCAAGGCCCUCGACCGCCGCCAGGCCCACAUGUGCGUCCUCAACGAGGCUUGCGAGGAGGAGGCCUACAAGAAGCUCGUCAUUGCUCUCUGCUCCGAGCACAAGAUCCCCCUGAUCAAGGUUCCCGACGGCAAGCAGCUCGGCGAGUGGGCUGGUCUCUGCGUGUUGGACCGUGAGGGUAACGCCCGCAAGGUCGUCAACUGCUCUUGCGUCGUCGUCAAGGACUGGGGUGAAGAGUCCCAGGAGCGCUCCAUCCUCCUCAACUACUUCCAGACCGAGCAGUAA